UUGCAGAACCUAUCAAGCCAAAUAACCUUCCCAAAAUAUGGAGUUCUUCAAUUUCUUUUCCAUUUUCCUUUUUGUGUCUUUCCUCUUUUUGUUAAGGAAAUGGAAGAAUUCCAAUAACCAAACCAAAAGUUUGCCUCCAGGUCCAUGGAAAUUACCUCUACUUGGAAGCAUGUUUCAUUUGCUAGGUGGACCUCCACACCGUGUCCUUAGAGAUUUAGCCAAAAAAUAUGGACCAAUUAUGCUUCUUCAACUAGGUGAAGUUUCUGCAGUUGUAGUUACUUCUCCUGAGAUGGCAAAAGAAGUACUAAAAACUCAUGACCUUGCUUUUGCAUCUAGGCCCAUACUUGAGGCUGCCAAGAUUGUUUGUUAUAACGGGACCGACAUUGUCUUUUCCCCCUAUGGUGAUUACUGGAGACAAAUGCGUAAAAUUUGUCUUUUGGAAUUGCUUAGCGCCAAAAAUGUCAAGUCAUUCAGCUCUAUUAGACAAGAUGAAGUUCUUCGUAUGAUUGAAUUUUUUCGAUCAUCUUCUGCUGAGCCAGUUAAUACAACAAAAAGGAUUUUUCAAUUUGCAAGCUCUAUGACCUGUAGAUCAGCAUUUGGGAAAGUAUUCAAGGAGCAAGAUGAACUUAUAGCACUGGUUAAAAAAAUGACAGUCUUAAUUGAAGGAUUUAAUGUAGCUGAUAUA